UAAUCAACUAGUAAGUACUAGUAUAUUCUCUUUCGACUCUGCCUUCCCUUCCCUUCCCCGUGAAAAGCUAUCUGCAGCUACGCAUAGAGUUGAAUAUCGCAGGAAAAAUGGAGGAGGAAACGAAAACGUUGGAGAUAGUUAAAGCUCGUUCAGACAAGAGAGAGUACCGAAGGAUUAUCCUCAAGAAUUCUUUGACAGUCCUACUGAUUAGUGAUCCUGAAACCGAUAAGUGUGCUGCUUCAAUGGAUGUUGGAGUCGGCAAUUACAGCGAUCCUGAAGGUUUAGAAGGCCUUGCCCAUUUUCUAGAGCAUAUGCUGUUUUAUGCGAGUGAGAAGUAUCCAGAGGAAGAUAGUUACUCUAAGUUCAUCACUGAGCAUGGGGGUAUCACAAAUGCCUUCACAUCUUCUGAGCAUACCAACUACUAUUUUGAUGUCAAUCCUGAUUCAUUUGAAGAAGCUCUGGACAGAUUUGCACAGUUCUUUAUCAAACCAUUGAUGUCGCCUGAUGCUACAACAAGGGAAAUAAAAGCUGUUGAUUCAGAGUACCAAAAGAAUCUUCUAUCUGAUGGUUGGAGGAUGAGCCAGCUGGAAAAGCAUCUCAGUUCAAAAGAUCAUCCUUACCAUAAGUUCAGCACAGGCAACUGGAAUACUUUAGAGUUGCGGCCAAAAGAAAAAGGACUAGAUACAAGGCAAGAGCUCCUCAAGUUCUAUAAAGAAUAUUAUUCAGCUAACAUUAUGCAUCUAGUUCUCUAUGGAAAAGACAGCCUUGAUAUCUCCCAAAAGCUUGUUGAGAAUAAAUUCCAGGAAAUCCUCAAUAUUAAUAGAAGUCAUGUGCGUUUUAUUGGCCAGCCUUGCUCACCAGAAUACCUUCAGAUUUUUGUGAAAGCUGUUCCGAUAACAGAAGGCCACAAGUUGCGAGUAACAUGGCCAAUAACUCCGGGUACACUUCACUACAAGAUGGCUCCAAGUGGUUACCUGAGCCACUUAAUUGGCCAUGAAGGAGAGGGAUCUAUUUUUUAUAUUUUAAAAAAGUUGGGUUGGGCAAGUAGUUUAUGGGCUGGGGGAUCAGACUGUGCACAUGAAUUUGCAUUUUUUCAAGUAGACAUUGAAUUGACAGAUGCUGGUCAUGAGCACUAUCAGGAGAUUGUGGGGCUGGUUUUCAAAUAUAUUGACCUCCUUCAGCAAUCCGGAGCGCAGAAGUGGAUCUUUGAUGAGCUUUCAUGUAUGGGUGAGACACACUUCCAUUAUCAAGACAAAAUUCCUCCAAUUGAUUCCAUACUUGGCGUUUCAUCUAAUAUGCGGCUAUAUCCUCCAGAAGACUGGUUGGUGGGAGCAUUGCCUAAGAAAUUUAAUUCUGACAUUAUUCAAGUACUAUUGGAUGAGCUCAAUUCAAACAAUGUAAGAAUUUUCUGGGCAUCUAAAAAAUUUGAAGGGAAUACUGACAUGUCUGAACCCUGGUAUGGAACCUCAUUUUCUGUGGAGAAAAUAACCAGUAGUCAGAUUCAGCAAUGGAAGGAAAGUGUUUGUGAGAAACAAUUGCAACUGCCAGCUCCAAAUAUGUUCAUCCCUUCUGAUCUGUCUCUGAAAAAUAUACUAGAUAAGGCAGGUGUUCCACUCCUAUUGAGGAAAUCACGAUAUUCAAGGUUAUGGUAUAAGCCUGACACAGCAUUUUGCUUUCCAAAGGCAUAUAUCAAGAUAGAUUUCAACUGUCCACAUUCAAGAGUUUCUCCUGAAUCAGUAGUUCUUACGUGCCUUUUUUCACGUUUGGUAAUGGACUACUUGAAUGAAUAUGCUUAUUAUGCUGAUGUUGCUGGUCUUUACUAUGGAGUUUCCAACUAUUAUGAAGGUUUUCAGGUGACUUUGGUUGGAUAUAACCACAAAAUGAGGAUCUUACUGGAAACAAUCAUAGAAGGAAUAGCUAAAUUUGAAGUAAAACCUGAUAGAUUCUCUGUAAUGAAGGAAUUGCUCAUCAAGGAUUACCAAAACUUAAAAUUCCAACAGCCAUAUCAGCUGGCUAAAUACUACUGUUCAUUAGCUCUACAAUACCCAACAUUUCCUUGGAAAGAUGAACUUGAAGUUCUUCAUCAUCUUGAAGCUGAUGAUCUUGUGCAAUUUUAUCCUCUGAUGCUAUCCAGGGUCUUUUUAGAAUGCUUUAUAGCAGGAAAUCUGGAACCAACUGAAGCAGAAAAAAUGGUCCAGUAUACAGAAGAUAUUUUCUUCAGUGGUACUCGGCCUAUAUCUGACGCUCUGUUCACAUCUCAGCAUCUGACACACAGAGUUGUUAAGCUAAAAAAGGGUAUAAAUUAUUGUUAUGCUACUGAGGGCCUAAAUCCAAGUGAUGAAAAUUCUGCCCUUGUCCAUUAUAUCCAGGUGCAUCAAGAUGAUUCAGUGAUGAACAUAAUGCUCCAGCUUUUUGCUUUAAUCGCAAAGCAACCUGCUUUCCAUCAGCUCAGGACUGUUGAGCAACUUGGUUAUAUUACUUCACUUGCACUACGGAACUUCUCUGGUGUAUAUGGAGUGCAAUUUAUUGUUCAAUCCACUAUCAAGGGACCCAGGCAUCUUGAUUCAAGAACAAAAGCUUUUCUGAAGAUGUUUGAAAAUAAAUUAUAUGAAAUGUCCAGCCAUGAAUUCAAGAGCAAUGUCAAUGCACUCAUAGAAAUGAAGCUUGAGAAGUUCAAGAACUUACACGAGGAAUCUGCAUUCUACUGGUGCGAAAUUGCCAGUGGUACCCUCAAAUUUGAUAGGAUUGAACACGAGGUUGCAGCACUGAAGCAGCUGACGCAAGAGCAAUUCAUUGAUUUCUUUAAUGAACGUAUAAAAGUCGGUGCCCCUAGAAAGAAAGCAGUAAGUGUGUUUGUCUACGGAAACUCACAUUUGUCCGAGUAUGAAGCAGAUAAAAGUGAGCUUGUUGCACCAGAAUUCCUCCAGAUUGAGGAUAUCUGCAGCUUCAGGAGGUCUCGCCCUCUUUAUGGGUCGUUUAAAGGAGGCUUGGGCCACAUGAAAGCUUAAAAAUUUCAUGUUACUACCGAAUGAGUAAACUAAAGGUUGUUUGCAAUCUUUGAGUGGCUCACCAAAAAGAGAAAAGGGAGAUCUGAAGUUGAAGAAAUGUUCUAAUUCCAUUUCACAAAACCUGCACCAAUUGCAACUAUAUACGAGUUUUAGGCAAUUCGAGUUCCAGUAACUUUCGGUUCUGCUUCAA